AUGUUUUUCACUGAGCGUCUGAUGUUACGUGGUCUCGACCCAGAAGUCGACAAUACCAUCUGGCUUCAAUGGACUAACACCGUGGAAUCGCUCAAUGCUCUAUCAAUACAGGGUCCUCAGCCAUGGUCACGCGAGAGGUCAAAGCAAUUUCUUGAGACACGCAUGAAGGACACGGAUGCUCUACCUUGGUUCAUCAUCUGCGAAAAGCCUGCCCUCGAAGACGAUGGCUCUCUAGCGCUUGGCUCGAACGAUGAUUAUUUUCGCAACGCAGAUGGUAAUGCUAGGUAUCCGGCUAUCGGCAUUCUUGCCCUUGACAAGGUUGGCAAAGCUCCAGCUAUCAACAGAGUUGUGUCCUUCGGAAUUCUGUUUAGUAAGGAUUAUCAAGGAAGAGGCCUAGGUACCGAAGUUCUACGUUGGAUGUGCAACUACAUCUUCAAGACCCUUGGCUAUCGCCGCAUCGAGCUCAAUCUAGACGCAACGAAUGACAAGGCAUUGAGAUGUUACCGCCACGUUGGUUUCAUCGAAGAAGGGCGACGGCGUAAGCAGUUUUGGCGUGAAGGCGAGUGGAGGGACGUUCUCGAGAUGGCUAUGCUAGAGGAAGAAUGGUCUGGGUAA